UUAAAGGACAAAAAAAAAAAAAGACUAAAAAUAGUGUUUUGUCAUCACUGUCUGUCUGGUGUGUUUAUUUUGGUUUAAAAAAAUCUGUGGUUUGACUUAAAUUCAUCAGUUUUCCUUUUAAAGGGGGGAUUGGGGUGGACCUAGCAACGGCUUAUAGUCUCCUUUUCCCUUUUUGCCCCAGUCUCUUUUAAAGAACUGUCUUCUAGUAACUAGAAGUGAAAUGUACUGUCCAGUUACAGUUUGAGUGGGUAUGAGAUUUAACUCAAAAGGCAUCUUACAAAAAAAAAAGAAACAUGUUUUCUUAUAAAAUCCAAUUUAUGUAAAUGUUUUCUCUGUAGUUCAUACUACCUACUUUUUAUUCAUUCUUUCCUUAAUACUGUAUAACCUUUUAAGUGUUUUGACUUGUCCAGAGGUUUGUUAGUGUUGCUGUGCAUGUGUCUUGAGGUCUCAUCUCAAGUAAGUUUGUGUAUGAUCCAAGAUUUCAGUGGAUAUUGCAAGGCAACUAAUGAACCGAUUUCAUAAGUUUUCCUUUUGCCAAACUAACGAUUAUCAAUUAAGAAUUUCCUCUGGUUGAUGUUAUACAGGAAAGCACAAUAUUUUUUGCCUUUUGGUCUUCUUUGUAAAAGUCUUCAGAUACUUGUGGGUUAAAAAUUGAAUGUAAUGUUAAGUGACAGAUGCCUGGAAUACAUUUACAAUUUUUAUUUUUCCUUCCUAAUCAUCCAUUAACUAGUCCGCCAUCAGUGGAGAGUCAUGAGGAUGCUGAAAAAGUAUGACUAGCUUCCUGUUACCUUCUGACGUUUUGAAACUUAAAUAUGCCUUUUCAUUGAUACUGUGGGAUUUUCUUUAUUUACUUGAAAGUCAUGGAGGAUUUGGUAUGACUUGACCACAGGUUUAGACCAAGGCUGAGAAGAACAGAAGGGAGAAAUUAAUGGCAAAACAAAAAAAUACACAAAUCUGCAGUUUUGGAAUUAAUGAAACAAGAUUGAUCUAUUUAAAGAAAUGUUGGUGUUCUAAUACAAAGCAUUAUUUUCACUUAGAGAAAAUUAUUUACAACGUGCUCUCUUCUGUAUUGUAAUAUUUUGUAUUAAGACAUGAUUUAAAAUGUCUUUCUACCCUUCUUAUCUCCUCUGAACUGCAACUGAAGUUGCAAUUCUUCAUCAUUAGUAUUUUAACCUUGGCAAAGGUUAUAGAAAGAAAAAUGGGAAAAUGGUAGGCCUUUGGUAUUCUUAAAAGCUAAGUCAUUAGAACUAUGCAGAUCCCCAAGUUUAGAAGUACAAAUGUAGCACUAGUAGUUAGCUUUCUAGCUGGGGGAGAAGACAGGAGAUUUUCCUUCCACAGAUGUUUAUUUUGCUUCCUGAUACGUACCGCAGCAAAGCCAUGUUGAUGUGUAGAUGCGGGACUUCCUCACUAAGCUGCUGCACACCAGCUUUGCCUGCAUGAUUCAAAUUUGUGCCUCAGUAAAAUUAUAAAUUAUUGCAUGUCAUACUCUGAAUAAUUGAAAAGGCAAACAUUAAACCUGUGAUUGCCCACAGUGUACUUUAAUAAUAAAAAACAUGGCAGCCAGGUGUACUCCAGUGCAGUGUAGUCAGGAGGCUGAAGUGGGAAGAUUGCUUGAACCUAGGAGUUUGAGUCCUGCCUGGUCAACGGUGAGACCACGUCUCUCUCUCUCUCUCUCUCUCUCUCUCCCUCUCCCUCCUUUUUUUUUUUUUUUUAAAGAAAGGACAAAGGCUGACCUGUAAGAUUAGCAUGAUUUUACCUGUGCUUUACUUCUGUUCUUCUCUACUUUUGUCUUUAGUAGGUGUCCAAAAAAUGUCUUUUUGUGCUGCUUAAUUUUUGGAUUCUGGAUGCAAUUCAGUGCAUGUAAAGAAACUACUUGCUUGUCAGUAUUUUAAUUCUGUAGUACAUUUGUGUGAAUAUCAACCAGCACUUACAGUAGGAGAAUGAAAAGAAAAACUGAGAAAGCCUCUCUUUCAAAGGAUGGGAUAAUCCACUUUUUGAGGGAGAAAGUGACAGUUUGGAGUGGGAUUUGAAAAGUGUAAAUGGUGGAAAAAUUUGAGCUGUUGAAGUCCCACAUAUAACCAGAUUUGAUAAAGUUUCACAUGUGGAUUAGCGUCGUGUGUGUAGAAGGUGCUUUUAUAGCAGGUCCUUAAAUACUCCUUUUGAAAUUCCUGUUUUUAAAAAAUCAUACCAUUACUUCUUUGGAUAUGAAUGUCCCAAGUGGUAUCUCAUACUGUAGUAUGAGGAAGAAUGGAUGUUAAUGUAUUGUUUUGAAUUUUGGUCUUCUCUUGUCCUGGAUCAUAUCCAGUCACCACUAUGCAACAAAUGAUGUGCACUGGGCAAGGAUAUGAUGGGUUAUUCAAACUGUAUCUUGCUUGUUUUUUCUUUUGCAGUACUCCAAGUGGUCUAAACAGGAAUGUCUUGUAAACCUCAAGACUCCCUAUUGAUUAUUCCCUUACAUAUUUAUUUACAAUUUAUCAGGGUAAUUGGUGGUGCCUUAUGAAAAGCAUAACUUGAUUUCUUGAUCUUUGAGCAUGUUUUGUGUUUCUUCUGUUUUCUGAAAGAAUAUUAGAUAUGGUUGAUUGCAUUACAUCUAAAAGAUUUAAAAAUUAUGUGUAUGCUCAGGUUCCCCACACCCACACCCACCCCUACCCCCUGUCAUUUACAUUGGUGGCAACUUUAAAUGGUAACUAAGUAAAAGUACAUUUUGGUAAGGAGUAUUGAUAAUCCUGAGGAAAACUAGUGAGUACAUGGGAGCCACCUUUAACCUGUGCCAAAGCAGUUUCUAAUUUCAUUUGCUCUCUAACUGCAAAAUAAAGAACUGAGCUGAAAUAAUUUGAUCAGUGGUGUGAUUAGCCUAUUAUCAUUGCUGAGAAUAGUGUUUUUGGAGUGUGAAGUGAUUCCUGAAGAUUUCACCUGCCUUCUGUUUCCAGCAAGAAUCCAGUGAUGACCAACACAUUUCCUCACCUUUGGUUCUUGAGAAGUUUAUCCCUUUGCAACAAACCAUUAAUAGGGAAGACAAGGAAAUGCUUUCCUUUUCUCUUUGGCUUCUUAACCAAUUCAGACCCCAAGUUACUUCAGAGAAGCAAAUGGCACCUUUUCCCCAUUGCCAAGGAUCCUAGCUUAUGCAGAUAUGAAGGACAGAUCAUUUCUGAAAAUGUUAAGACUCUGCUUGCUGUGAACUUGGCCUCAAAACAGUUUCAUGAAAUGUGUAACUCUCUAUGUGUAGGUUAGGAGGAGGGUUGGUGGAAAGAGCAGGGGCGGGGAGGGAAAUCUGAUUACCUCCUGGGAAAUAAUUUUCUUGCCAACAAAAAGAUACACUUGAAGUUUCUGAAGGUGGCAAAUCCAUUAAAAAAAAAAUUGUGUUGGACUCUCCCAGUUUAGAUCAAGUAUUUCUUGGGGGUCUUGACAUUGUGGUUGAUACCAGUAAAUGAAAGAUCCAGAACAUUUUCAUUUAAAGCUCUACCAUUAAUUGGAACAUGGUGAAACAUUUUACACAUUAUAAAAGUAGGGAACAGUACAAAAGAAUGCAAUCAAAUACUAUAUUAUGUAAAUAAACUAGAGUGAUUUUGGAAUUUCACUCUUCACUCCUUCUCACUUGUUUGUUCUUUGAAGUGUAUUUCUACCUUGGUAGGAAGAAAGACUUGAUUUAAUCUUUCCUUAAAGAUCCAUGAAAUUUCUUUAUUAGGCAGAACUUCUCCCUAGCCUUAUCUCUGGAGCUAGGUUGUGUAUCUUGUCCGUGGGGGGAAGAAGGCACCACCAGAAGCAGCUUUAGAAAUGGCUUGGUGGUCCCACCUUGUGUUAAGGAGCAUUUUUGAAGGUGUCAGGGACAUAGGAUGAAAUCAGAAUUUUCUUUAGUUUCAAAAAAGGUUUUCAGAAGCCCAGAUGAGAACCUUAGAAUUACAGAAUGUAAAGAACACUGGAUUUGGGAAUAAAAUAAUCUGGGUUUUAGCUCUAUGUUUGGCCCCUUAUGUGAGUUGCUUAUCUAUUGUGGCCCUUGGUUUCCUACCAUAUGCAAGUUAGUCACAAAGAAACAAGUUAUAGCCCCUCCCCUUGACAGGGUAAGACGUAGAUGAUUUCUAAGGAUGUUUCUUCCUUAAAAAGGUUAUAGAAUUUAAAGAUGACAACAGAGGCUGUAUAGUCCAAAUCCCCAUUUAAUGAGAGAAAAAUUGAUUGGGCACUCCUGAGGACAGAACAUACAGUGUCUGUCCUAUCUUGGAAAAAUCUAAGUAUUGGUCACUAACAUGUAUCGGAGCUUGCCUAUAGUCUUCCCUCUGCUGGGGUCUGAAUUUUGCGGCAUUUUCGAGCACUUUCCCUUUUGCCGUGGGACUAGCAUAUCUGCAUCUCUCUAUUCCAUUCAGUGCUGAACUCCUGGGAGGUAAGGCGAGAGUGUUAGACACAUUUUGACAAACCUAGCCUAACCGUUCCAUCAUCUGUGGGCCCCUUCCCUCUGCAAAUUCUGCUGCUCUGUUGAGACCAGCAGCUUUAGUCUUUCUGACCUAGCCCUGCCAUCUCUAACUGGGGCUAAACUUCACUGAGACACAAAACAGCAUAUCAUUCGUGUUCUCUUUCGUACCUUGAGUAACAAUUCAAACUCAUGUCACCUUGGUCACUUCCCAGGACUUGUUUUGUCAUAGAAGCAUCUCGUUCCAGAGUUCAGUUGAAACACUGAGAGACUGGUUUGAUUCCCUUUGCUUCUCAUCCGGAUAAUGCAUUGCUGCCAUCUGAAAUAAGCCCAUCCAGUCAUCAGGCCUCAAAUUGCUACCUGUUUUCCUCAAUUCGUUUUACCGUUGCUGCCGUCCUUGCCAGUUCUUUGCAUUAUAGAGAUUUUCAUUCCCUAUUCCUUUGUAAAUAUGCUUUUCUGCUUUUUCAUUAACUGGAAACGGACUCUCCCUCAGCUGUACUUGCCUUAGGACUCUUUCAAGUGGAGAGUGUUCGUCUUCUCACUUUUCUGCCGGUGAAUGGAUGGACUACAGGGUCUGCUGCCCCUGUGUUCUUGAUUCCACUGCUACACCGUUGUUCUUCUGUCCCGAGGCUUCUGCUGUUCAGCUGCACCGUCUGUCCUCCUCACCGCCAUCUCUGGUCACUCCCCUUCAUUUAUGGAAGGGACUUUGAUGAUUGAUGGGCAUCUCUUUCCCCAGUGCUGCCAUCAUUCUGGGCAGUUUCAUUAGUCAUGGAUGACCUUAAUUUCUGGACCUCCAUCUCCACUAGUCAUUUUCACUCCAUUUAGCAAACCAGUUUUAAGUCAACACUUUGGACUCAUCAGAAAUUUAUUUUCUGAAAUGUAGAAUCGAUAAUUCUAUGAUUUUAGUGUCCUUUAAUUUCUUCCUCUCAGUAUACAGUAUACUUAUUCUUUGACCUCAAGAAGCCUCCAGUUCCUUAACCAACCUUCCCCACCCCCCCCCACCCCCGUUUGUCAGUUUACUCUGGCUUUACCGCUUCCCCGUUUAGCAUCGACUGUGGCCUGUCGCUCUGGCUCUGCAGAAACUUAUCGCUGGAUCAGUUUGGCUGUCUGACUUCUUUGCUUUCAUGGGCUGCUGCGUACUACUGAGUAUGUACCAGUGGUUGGUGGCACCACAGAUUCUGACUUCUUUGCUUUCAUGGGCAGCUGCGUACUACUGAGUGUGUACCAGUGGUUGGUGGCACCACAGAUGGACUCGAGUAGGCAGGUGCUUGAAGCAGUUCAGCAGCCCUGGCCGUCCAGCAACCUCUUCCAUUCUUAAAGACUAUUUCAGAUUUUCACCUCUUGUCAAAUAGCCUGUCACCUCUGCUGCCUCUGCAGAGGCCUACCCUCCUAAUGGGUAAAUUGAAGCUAACAGGAGAGCUGCUAAGCUUCUUCCUCAGUUAUCUAUAUCAUCAUCCUCAUCUGUCCCAGAGGAGGGGUCUGUCCUGUGGUCAACACUAUGAAAGUAUAGGUGAAUGAGCUAAUCAGUGAAUCCUAUCCCAUUGUAACUCCUUAGAGACCUUGUUCUGUCAGUCAGCCCUUUAUCUUCCGCAUCUUUCAUUUAGCAUAUAAUUUCAAGCUCUGUAUUGAACAGGAGAGCUCAACUCCUAUAUGUUUUCCCUUGAACCUGUCUCUUUUCCUGUUCUCUUCUUCUUAUUGAAAUGCUACCUUUUCAGAGGCCCCCAUGUUUUCUCUUGCAAUGGCCUGUUCUAUUCCCUUAGGGGACUUUGCCAUAUAUGGCAUAUUUGUGUAAAAGUUCCACGAGAGCCUAGGUUUUGUUUCCUUUAUCUCUCCAUAUGCAGCAACUAGAACAAUACUAUGCAUAAACAUUCAACAGAUAACUUGAAGGAAUGCUGUUUCAUGCCUUCGUUCCUUCCUAUACAUUAUUGCUCCCCUGUUGUUCUCUGUUUGGACUGCCAUAACCUCAUCUGCCUUUUCUCCUUACUACUUUCUCAUUCUUCAAAAUUCAGCUCAUCCCCAAAUUCCUCUGAGAAGUUCUUCAGGUUACUCCUCUCCAUCUAAUCUGAGUUAGAUGUCCUUUCUUGGAGCUCUAAUAGCGUUUAGACUAGACACCGGUCCUCAGAGUGAGGCUUCUGCAUGGACAGCAUCACCGUCAUCUGGGAAUUCAUUAGAAAUGCAAACUAUGAGGCCCUACCCUAGACUUUCUAAAUCAGAAACUCUGGGAAUGGGGCCAGCAACCUGCGUUUUAACAAGCCCUGAAGGUGACUGUGAUGCAUGCAAAGUUUGAGGACCACUAGAACAUAGUCCCUGUAGAAUAUAUCUCCAGGAUCUGACACAACACACAGAACAGGAUUAUUGUGAAGAUCUUCCUUAUAAAGACCUGAAGUCUAUCUUCCUGUAGCCUCAUCCAUCCUAGUUGAGCAUAUGAAAAACUAGUUCAGUUGCAUCUCUGUUCGGCAGCCUUAUAGCAUUUGAGGAUAGCGGUCAUCUCUACUUCUGCACCUCUCGUCCCCAACUCCUCUGGUUUAAUAUCUUUUUUUUUUCUCAUGUGCUCUAACUUUGAAUCCCUUCACUUUCCUCAUUGGGCUUCUCUGGACAAUUCCAACUUACUUCAUAUCCAUCUUAAAUACAUAUUCAAAAUACCCUUUUAGCUUUUAACCUACAGCUCUGAAAGGUGGAACUAUACAUGUCUAUAAUCACCCCAGCAAGACAGAGUUCACAAUGAACAUAGAAUUCCAUUUGUACAGUUGGAGGUGUUCCCAGGUGGGCAGAUUGCUUGAGGUCAGGAGUUCAAGACCAGCCUGGCCAACAUGGCGAAACCUCGUCUCUACUAAAAAUACAAAAUUUAGCCGGGCGUGGUAGCGCCUGCCUGUAAUCCUAGCUACUCGGGAGGCUGAGGCACGAGAAUCAAUUGAACCCAGUAGAGGCGGAGGUUACAAUGAGCCGAGGUCACGCCACUGCACUCCAGCCUAGGUUUCGGAGGGAGACUCUGCCUCAAAAACAAACCGAACCUGUCGCUCCCAUCCUAGACCAAUCUAAUUGCAAGUAUCUCACAGGGAGCCCAAGUAUCAAUGUUUUUUUGUACAGCUUUAUGGAGGCAUAAUCUACAUACCAUAAAAUCCACUUAUUUUAAUACAUGAUUUUAGCAAAUUUAAAAGAAUUGUGCAACCCUUACCACGUCAUAGAAACUUCAGAAUGUUUCCAUCACCCACAAAGAAACUUCAUGUCUCUCUGGUCAAUCCCUGUUUCUACUCCCAGCCCUAGGUGACCAUUAAUCUGAGUCUCUCUAGAGUUGCCUUUUCUAGACCUAAACAUCAGGAUUUUGUUUUCUGCAGCCAGAAUUGAGAACCGUAGUUCUAAAUGCAUUAUGAGAGACAAUGAUUUUUAAGGAUUAUGUAUAAUAAGUAUGUUUUACAUAUUUUCAUAUUUAUGACUCCCAUCCAUACAGUGAAUGCAUCUAUCACCAGUAAGACAAAGAUCAUUAAUUUGAUAAUGGAACUUAAUAGACGAUUCUAUUAUUUUCCUUUUCUACAUUUUAGUAUCAUAUUCAAAAUGGCCUCCCAUUCUCUCCCCAGGUUAUUUUAAAACAUCUCCAGUCUGCUUUUUUCCCCUUUAGCUCAUAAAUGAAUAGUGCUGGAUGAUAUCUUAGGAGCAUUUUCCCUGAGAUAAUGUCUUCGGUAAUGAUUGCACGUAUUGGUGUUGAUUCCAUCCUUGAAGUUAUUUUCCUUUAUCUUUCUCAUUGGUGUUUCUUCACUAGAGGUUUUGCUGUCUGAUUAACUUAUCUGCCAAAUAAAUGGACUUUUGCUUCGUAGGUACACAAACAUUUCUAAAACUUUUUUUGGAAAAUAUAUUUCUUUUUUUAAAAAACAAAUAACGCAUGCACAUUUAAAAAAAAAAAGAAAAAAUAUCCCAAAAUGACCAGUUAAGAUUUACUUUCAGACAACUCCGUGCAUAUUUACAUAUGCUUCUAUACAACCAUGUACACCUUUGCGUAAAUGAGACCACACUCUACGUACUGCUUUGUAAUUUGCUUCUUUCACUUAAUACUGAGAACAUUUGUACGUGACCAUAGAUAUAGAUUUGUAUUGUUUUUAAUGGCUGUAUAGUUUUGCAUUAUACUGAAUCUUAAUGAUGUUUAAGAGCUAUGUAUAUUGAGGACAUUAUUUCUUUGUUUUGUGUUGCAAAUUUUUGACCAUGUUGUUAUUAGUCUUUUAACCUUAUUUAUAGUUUUUUUUUGUUAUAAAAGUUAAGUUUUAUGAUGUAAACUUAAUCUUUUUGAUUUUAUAAUUCCUGGUUUUCCUGAUGUGCUUAGAAUGACCUUCCCUACUACAAGAUAAUAAAAAUACCUCCAUGAUUUUGCUUAAAACUUUUAUUCUUUAUAUUAAAUCUUUGUUACAUCUUGAAUUGAUUGGUGUGAAGAAUGCCAAGUUUCUUUAUUGCUCUGUUGACUACAUUUCUUAAGUUUCUUAAAUGGUUUGCGUGUCUAUGCAUGUGUACAUAUAGUCAUUCCAAAACCUCUAAUAUGCAAACACACUUUACAAAUGUGUAUACGUUCAGUAUUUUCUCUAUUUGUUAUCUACUGCUGCAUAACAGUAUUACCACAGACUUAGCAGCUGAAAGCAACACACAUGUAUUGCCUCACAAUUGCUGUGUCAGAAGUCAGGGCACAACUUUGCUGGUACCCUGCUUCAGGGUCUCACGAGGCUGUCAUCACAGUGGUGGUCAAGGCUGUGUCAUAUCUGAAGUGUGAGGAAGAAUCUACUUCUAAGCUCAUGUGGUUGUUGGCAGCCUUUAGUUCCUUUUGGGUCAUCGGAAUAAGGGCCUUAGAUUUUGGUUGGCCACUGGCCAGAGGUCAGCUUCAGUCCCUCGGCCUCUGCGCUUUCCCAACAUGGCCACUUGCUUUCUCAAAGCUAGCAAGAUCAGCUUACAAUCUUACGUAACGUAAACGUGUAUGUAUAAUCACAUACAUCCUGCCACCAUUGCCCUAUUCCAUUGGCGAGAAGCAAGUCCCAGGUCCUGCCCAUGCCAAGAGACAAUCAGAAGGAUGUGAGCACCUGGGGAGGCAGGGAUCGCGGAGGCCACCUCUGAUUGUGUCUGCUGUCCUCACACAGAAUGUGCUGCGUCAUACAAAGACUGAAGUGCCUGAGAGCAUAAGUGAACUUCCUUAGGCUUAAUAUAGGCUGGUGCAAAAGUAAUCGCAGUCAAUCGCAAAGACCACAGUUAGUUUUGCAUCAACCUAUAAAAGUCGCUCUAUCCAUACUUUCCUAUUCAAGUUAGAUCAAAAAAGGUAAGUGUAAUGUCUUUCUUUUUUAAUGCUCAUGAGAAGAAAUGCAGUAACUUUUUACACUUGGGCUAACAUUUUAUAAGACUGCUGCAGUUUGAAGUAUUUAUAACUGCCCUUUGGCCAAUAUCCUGCAUUCAGUAGAACAAAUUUACUUCUUAGGAAAAUAGAAAUCUCCAAAUCUUGUCAACCAUGUUCUGGGUUCCUUAACUACUGAUUCUCCUCUGAACACCCUCCAAAUGGUUCAUAUCCCUUUUAAUAUCUAUGCAAAGCAUUCUCUUAGUCUUCAAAUUACAAUUCUGUCUGAAAGAAUCAGAUCUUGAAUUUUAAAAUUUAUAGUAUCCACAGUGUUAAGUAUCUUUAUGAAUUUGUUUCCUCUCCAUACAUUUUUCUUCUACAGCCUGUGCUCUUGGAAGCUGUCAGCAAAAAUUGGUGUAAUUUCCAUCCAGAAAUGGAAACGUGAGGAUUUCCUCAUCAUUGAAAUUUGUCCUUUCCUGUGCAUCACAAGAAUCUCCGUUUUGUUCCUAGGGAUGGAUGCAUUGGGGUUUUGUAAAUUGGUAGUACGUGUGGUAUGACAACAUAGGAGCCAAGAGAAGAAACCGAAAGCAGAAUUCAGAGUUUUAAAGUAUUUCAUCCCAAGUUUGUCAACUAGGAAGCAAUGAUUUCUUUCCAAGGUAAUGAUAUUGCCAUCGCUGCUAUUGACAGGUGACUCUUCAGACUCGUUUACAACGUGGGAAGGGCGUGGAUCCGUGCUGGUUCUGUGUGUUUGUUUCGCAGUUCUUGUUUGGAAGAUGUUUAAUAUUCUAAUUGCUGUAGGUUCUGUGGAUUAAUACAUACACAUCUUAAGUCAUGUCUAGAAUUACAUAGCCCUAAGAUUCUCAGGUAUCCUAACGUCAACUUUUCUGUGCUUCUGUUACCACUAGGAUAGUGUCUACACAUUUCUAAAAGAUGGCCUGCACACACACACAAAAAAUGUAUUUUAGAAAUAUGUAUAGAUGGCCUAGUUCUAUCCUGGUUUUUCUAAUAUUAUGAAUUCAGUUACCAUUGUAUGGCAAAUUGUGACUGAGUAAAGAUUUUUCUCAUUUUUCAGAUGGUUAUAGCAGGAGGUAUUAAAGCUCUAGGAGAUGACAAGUGGACAGGACAGAGCGAGAAAGAAAUGGUGUGCUGAGUUCACCUGAAAGCCUCAGUUCCCAAGCUAUUUCUUUACUAAACUGUGUUUUUCUAAAGUUGUAUCUGUACCCUCUCUGGUUUGCAAAGAGGGGACAAAAGAGGGAAAUUUUAUACAUAUAAAGUCUAAAGAAGAGAGAUCUGAUACCUAAGGUCAAGGUAUAGGGAAGGAAUAGUAUAUAGUGUUAGAAUAUUUUGAUGGGUAAAUAUGAGAGGUUAUAGAAGUUGGAAUGAAAUGUGAAUGUCAGUGUUAGAGCCUGCCUAACAGAAAUUGAAGUAGACAACAAUCCCCUUUCUUCCCCCCUUUUCAAGUCACAACAGCCCUGCUUUUUUGGCUACAGAAAGCAGCUGAGGCUCAAUCCCAAAGCAGCAGUAGGUUCUGGUCCAAAGUGCAAACCAAAAGAAGCAGCAGGAGGGGUGGAACAGAGUCAUUACCAAAGAUUGAGUAUAGAAUAAAGUGAUCUACGAAAACGAGCAUGGAAGGGCAUGCUACAGGCUAAAGCCAGACUCAGGAAGGCCUGCUGUGAGGGAGAGGAAAUCUACAGCCCGGCGUGGGAGAAGAGAACCAUGGGGGCAGAGUGGGAUGGAUAGCAGGGCCUCAGGCACAGCCAGUAAUGGAGAGACAAAGCCAGUGUAUCCAGUCAUGGAAAAGGAGGAGGAAGAAGGCACCCUGGAGCGGGGGCACUGGAACAACAAGAUGGAGUUUGUGCUGUCAGUGGCCGGGGAGAUCAUCGGGCUGGGCAACGUCUGGAGGUUUCCCUAUCUCUGCUACAAAAAUGGGGGAGGUGCCUUCUUCAUCCCCUACCUCGUCUUCCUCUUUACCUGUGGCGUUCCUGUCUUCCUUCUGGAGACAGCACUAGGCCAGUACACCAGUCAGGGAGGCGUUACAGCCUGGAGGAAGAUCUGCCCCAUCUUUGAGGGCAUUGGCUACGCCUCCCAGAUGAUCGUCAUCCUCCUCAACGUCUACUACAUCAUUGUGUUGGCCUGGGCCCUGUUCUACCUCUUCAGCAGCUUCACCAUCGACCUGCCCUGGGGCGGCUGCCACCAUGAGUGGAACACAGAACACUGUGUGGAGUUCCAGAAGACCAACGGCUCCCUGAAUGGCACCUCUGAGAACGCCACCUCUCCCGUCAUCGAGUUCUGGGAGCGGCGGGUCUUGAAGAUCUCUGAUGGGAUCCAGCACCUGGGGGCCCUGCGCUGGGAGCUGGCUCUGUGCCUCCUGCUGGCCUGGGUCAUCUGCUACUUCUGCAUCUGGAAGGGGGUCAAGUCCACAGGCAAGGUGGUGUACUUCACGGCCACAUUUCCUUACCUCAUGCUGGUGGUCCUGUUAAUUCGAGGGGUGACGUUGCCUGGGGCAGCCCAAGGAAUUCAGUUUUACCUGUACCCAAACCUCACGCGUCUGUGGGAUCCCCAGGUGUGGAUGGAUGCGGGCACCCAGAUCUUCUUCUCCUUCGCCAUCUGUCUUGGGUGCCUGACAGCCCUGGGCAGCUACAACAAGUACCACAACAACUGCUACAGGGACUGCCUCGCCCUCUGCUUCCUCAACAGCGGCACCAGCUUUGUGGCCGGCUUCGCCAUCUUCUCCAUCCUGGGCUUCAUGUCCCAGGAGCAGGGGGUGCCCAUUUCUGAGGUGGCCGAGUCAGGCCCUGGCCUGGCUUUCAUCGCUUACCCGCGGGCCGUGGUGAUGCUGCCCUUCUCUCCUCUCUGGGCCUGCUGUUUCUUCUUCAUGGUCGUUCUCCUGGGACUGGAUAGUCAGUUUGUGUGUGUAGAAAGCCUGGUGACAGCGCUGGUGGACAUGUACCCUCGCGUGUUCCGCAAGAAGAACCGGCGGGAAGUCCUUAUCCUUGGAGUAUCCGUCGUCUCCUUCCUUGUAGGGCUGGUCAUGCUCACGGAGGGCGGCAUGUACGUGUUCCAGCUCUUCGACUACUACGCCGCCAGUGGCAUGUGUCUCCUGUUCGUGGCCAUCUUUGAGUCCCUCUGUGUGGCUUGGGUUUACGGAGCCAGACGUUUCUACGACAACAUCGAAGACAUGAUUGGGUACAGGCCGUGGCCUCUUAUCAAAUACUGUUGGCUGUUCCUCACGCCAGCUGUGUGCACAGCCACCUUCCUCUUCUCCCUGAUCAAGUACACUCCGCUGACCUACAACAAGAAAUACACGUACCCGUGGUGGGGCGAUGCCCUGGGCUGGCUCCUGGCUCUCUCCUCCAUGGUCUGCAUUCCUGCCUGGAGCCUCUACAGACUUGGCACCCUCAAGGGCCCCUUCAGAGAGCCGCCUCCGCGCUCCCUGCAGAGAAUCCGUCAGCUCAUGUGCCCAGCCGAGGACCUGCCCCAGCGGAACCCAGCAGGACCCUCGGCUCCCGCCACCCCCAGGACCUCGCUGCUCAGACUCACAGAGCUAGAGUCUCACUGUUAGGGGCCGGCCCUGGGAUGGUGCCUGUGAGCCUGGCCGUGGGGAUGGCUGCAGAGGGGACAGGGCAGAAGCAGCCGCAUGUGCUUCCCUGCCCCGCACCUGGAGUGGAUAAGACAAAAGGGGUGUUUUGGAAUCCACCUGCCGAGCUGGAGGCCUCCCACUCCGACUUUUCAGCUCGGGAGUUGCUGAACAGAUGUGCAAGGCCAGUGCCAAGAGUGGCCCUCUGAGACCCUUGGGAAGCUGGGUGGGGGCUGGUGGGUGGGGCGAGACUGUUGCUGGCUUCGGGCCCCCUCACCCUUCAUUCCAUUAAAUCCACAUUCUUCCCGCUGA